UUCAGGCGCUUUGUUAGAAGGCAAUCCGGGGUCCUGAUUUGACAGUGAGGAAAGAUGGCGGCGCCCAGCAGAACGCAGGUGUUGGCGCUGUAUCGCAUGCUUUUGAAGGAAAGCAACAAAUUUCCUUCGUACAACUACAGGACGUACACCCUGCGCAGGGUACGUGAUGCGUUCAGGGAGAACCGGAAUGUCGAGGACCCGAAGGUUCUGGAGCAGCUGUUGAACAAAGCACAAGACAAUCUGGCCAUCAUUCAGAGACAGGUGGCCAUAGGAAAGCUAUACGAGGUUCAACGGACCGUCGUUGAAUCCCAGCCGAAGAAAUUCUUCUGAUUGGACAUGAGUGGACUACUGAGCAUCCGUGGCGGUGGAUAAAGGCUUUGCAGAAAACUAAUUACACUUUAACACAUACUUAUGGGCCCAAGUUGAAGGGAUGAUGAAGGUGCUGUUUAGGCAACGGCUUUGUCAUAUAUGCAUUCACUAUUCCCAUUUCAGUUACACCAGUGUUCCCUGUUUAAAGAGUCAGCUGGGCUGAAUUGCAGACUCCAUUAAGUGCAAAUACAACACAGCAAACACACCACACAGCCUACUAUCAGUGCCCGCUAUUAGAAUUUUGUUGUUUUCUUUGUAGAUACAAUUAUGUAUUUGUGUCCUGUUUCAUUAAAGCUCUGUUACUUAAAGACUC